GGCGGCAACGUUGUUAAGCGAGUGAAAUUAUAAACAAAAUACCAAACUUCAGAACUAUGUCAAUAUAAGGCAAAUAACAUUAUGAAAAAGAUAACAGUACAUAAAUUUCAUGUAACUCGCUAAAACGAAAUCAAUAAAAAGCAAGAGAAACGAACGAACAUUUAAAAAUAUUCCGUUACAUUUUUCUCUAUUGCAAAAAGGAACAAACAAAAAAAUAACCCUUACGAAAUUAUAAAAACAUACUGAAAGAGAAUGAUUAUUUCAGGAUACAAACUUCAAAGCUAAAAUUUUUUAUCAGAAACAUAUUUCUCUUUCUUUUUCUUAGUUUACACGAGAAAAGUAAAUGUACUUAACGGUGCACCAAAAAACCAUUGGCAGACGACAUAAAUACAAAUGAAAUGUAAACAAACCUGAAUCACGCCUGUCCGCCAUAGUUUGUCCCACAAUGCAUCAGUGUUUCCACUUAGAUAAGAAGAAAGCGAGUGAAGGGAGAAGAUUAUUUUUAUCGUCGCCUCCUUACUUAUCUAGCUAUUUAUUUUUUUAAAAACACCAACAAAUAAACACAUACACACACAUUUAUCUAUAUUUUAUACAUUCACACACACACAAAAAAAUAAAUAAAUAAAUAAACAAGAAAAAUAUAUCUCACACAUAUACUCUGACACACACACAUGCACACAUAUAAUGUUUAAUUCUCUCAAUUGAACUAAUUAUCUUAAACCCAUUAUUAAACUCUUAAUCACUCGAGAAGAUUAUCUAAGAAAUCUAUUGAAAUAUUUGUCUAUUUGCACUUUUACAUUAUUGAAACGUUAUUAUGGUCUUCACGGUUUCAAACUCUGACUGCGUCAAUAGAGGUGUUACCAGAUUUAAUUAACUAGUGUCUAUAACUUGGCUAGAACUAUUGACUCCUACGGCUGGGCACUAUCAUAUUUUUGGUGUCGGCCACUUUUAACUACUGCAUUUAAAUCUGAGACCGGUUUCUUGUUACAACCAACAUACACAGCCGAACUAGAUUACAAAAGGAGAUACAAUUAUGGAUUCGCAAAUCAUACAACAAAAUGGUGGGAACCAUUCGCCAAUAUCCACUGGUACACAGAUGGAUGAUAGAGAUAAUGUAAGCAAGACAAAUUUAAUUGUGAACUACCUUCCACAAACUAUGACUCAGGAGGAAAUACGUUCGCUGUUUGCUAGCAUUGGAGAAGUUGAAAGCUGUAAAUUGAUUAGAGAUAAACCAACAGCAAUGAACACACUGAGACAGAAUGAUUUAGAUCAAGGACUGCCGGAAACAGCUAACACUGACUUUCACUGUGACCUGCUUCCGGCAGCACGAAAUGCAUCAACCGAUGCGGAAAAAUGUCAGAGUUUAGGUUAUGGCUUUGUUAACUACAAAUACCCUAGUGAUGCAGAAAAGGCAAUCAAUACUUUAAAUGGAUUGAGAUUACAAAAUAAAACAAUAAAGGUUUCAUAUGCCCGACCAAGCAGUGAAAGUAUUAAAGGGGCAAACUUGUACAUAAGUGGCUUGCCAAAGUCUUUCACUCAGUUGGACUUGGAGAAAUUGUUUUCUCAGUGUGGAUUCAUUAUAACAUCCAGAAUUCUUUAUGACAAUAACACAGGCUUAUCCAAAGGUGUUGGCUUCAUCCGAUUUGAUCAACGAAUCGAAGCUGAAAGAGCUAUCCAAAAAUUACACGGUACCAUUCCUGAAGGAGCAACUGAACCUAUUACUGUAAAGUUUGCUAACUCUCCAAGCUCAAAUAAAAAUGCUGUACCUCUAGCUUUAGCAGCUUCAUAUUUAUCACCAAGUAGGAGAAUCUUUGGUCCAAUUCAUCAUGCUGCUGGAAGAUUCAGAUACUCACCAUUGGAAGCUAGUCUACUGCCAGGAACAAUACUUCCAGGGAAUGCUCUAAAUGGCACUGGUUGGUGUAUUUUUGUAUACAAUCUUGCACCAGACACUGAGGAUGAUGUACUUUGGCGUCUCUUUGGACCAUUUGGAGCUGUGCAAAAUGUGAAAGUGAUUCGUGAUUUUCAAACACAGAAAUGCAAAGGUUAUGGGUUUGUUACAAUGACCAAUUAUGAAGAGGCAUUGAUGGCUAUACAGACACUCAAUGGAUUCUUACUCGGCACACGGGUGCUACAGGUAUCAUUCAAAACGAAUAGCCGUAAAUCCUAAGACAUGAAGGAGAAAAAAUAUCCUGAUGGACUCCUAGUCAGAGAUGUGGUCAUAGAUGCGGACUUUUUUGCUGGUGUAUUCCAUGCCAUAUGGCCUACAGUCAUCCGCCAUAUAAGGCAUAUCAGAUUUAAAUCAAAACACCAAAGUAUAUUGGAAGUGAAAGCCAUUUGUGUUCAUAUCAGCAUAAUUUAUUUAAUUCUGGUAUAUAUUAUUUUGACUUAUUUAAUGACACUUUGUCCCAUAGUUUAACUUAGUCAAGCAAACGGGCAGAAAUUGGUAUUUUUUGUUUGUUUAUUUUCUUUUGCAUUAUUUAUUGUUUUCCAAAGUAUUGCAUCAUUAGUUGUCAGUAUUACAGUUUCAUUCUGUUAAUAUUUUUUUUUCUGUCUUUCUUUGUUUAUUUUGUGGCUCACUAAUUUAUCGUUAUUAAAUUUUUUUCAUUA